AUGGAGCAAAUAGUAGACUCCCCCAAAAUAACUUCUUCUAUACUCGUGAAUCCUGCAAGAAGGAUACCCCUAUACAGCUAUGUUGUGGAAGUCGGUGAAGUGUAUAAAUGCAUAGUGACAUCAAUUAGAGAGAAAUAUGGACAGGAAUGGGCGGAGGUUGAAUAUAAUGGUGGUACUUGUGGCCUACUUUACCCUUGGAAAUUGUCCUAUGAAAAGGUAACCAAGGUUUCACAUAUGCUAUCUGUUGGCAAGCAUAUCAUAUUGAAGUGCAUUAAAAAAGACUCUCAAGGUAUGGUCGAAUUUUCUCUCAAGGCAUUAGAAGAAGCUCCAGAGAUGCCCGUAAUCAGCAGUAUUCCGGAAGUCGGUGAACUGUAUGAAUGCAUAGUGAAAUCAAUUCGAGAGACAGUUGAUGUGGUUGAAUACAAUGGUGGUCGUUGUGGCCUACUUUCCGUUUGCGAAUUGUCCAAUGAAAAGGUUUCCAAGGUGUCAGAUGUGUUAUCUAUUGAUAAGCAUAUCACAUUGAAGUGCAUUAGAAAAAGACAUGGAGAUAUCUUCGAUUUUUCUCUCAAGGCGAUGGCAUAG